AUGUCGGACGCGCCUUUGACUCGUUCGCGAAAGGUGUGCUUUGUGACGAUUGGCGCGACCGCCUCCUUCUCCGCUCUCGUCCGGGCCACCAUCUCGUCGACCUUCUGCCAUUCGCUUGAACAACACCAGUACACAGACCUGAUAGUACAGUAUGGUGCUGACGGCCAUGGCUUGUUCCAGUCGCUGUUACAGGACGUGAACUCACAACAAGAAGCAACUGGCAUCAAUGUGUCUGGAUUCGGACUCGACACGAAUGGUCUGGAGCAGUACAUGAUGCUGGCCAAGACAGGGGGAGACAGCAGCGGUGCAGAGGGACUCGUCGUCAGUCAUGCCGGCUCGGGAACCAUCCUUCAUGCUCUGCGUCUCGAUGUGCCCAUCGUCGUUGUGCCCAACUCGGAGCUACUUGACAAUCACCAAAUCGAAUUGGCAGAAGCCCUGGCUGAGCAGGAGUACGUCGUGCAUGGCAGACUUGAGAAUCUAUCGCAAGCGCUGCAAGAUGCCGAAAAGCUACGAGUCCGACAAAAGGCCUGGCCUCCUGUCAACUCAGGCACUCACCGACAAACAAGAGGCCUUGCUGGCGUCGUCGACGAAGAGAUGGGGUUUUCGGUCGAAUGA